AUGGUAGCUUCCAAAGGACAAGUGUCCCAAGAGAGAGAGAGCCAGACAGCUUCCCUUCCAUCCCUCCUCUGUCCAUUUGUCUUGACUGCUCAGCUGGGGCUCUGUUGGCUGGUGUGCUUCCUCCCUCCAGCCCCCCUUCCUCCUCUGCUGGGCAGCAUCAAGCAGCACCUUCGCAGUGGCUCGGCCAGCCCCACGGACCUCCUGUCCUUCUUCAAACAACCGGUAGCGGCCACCAGGAUAGUCGUUCAUGUGGCCUUGGGGCUGCUGGAAGAAAAGUUACAACUCCAGGCAUCCAGAUCCUUCAGUGUCACGGGUACUGUGGAAUGUGCUAAUGAACCCCAGCUGCGGCUGCUGUCCCAGGCCAGUGACUGCGCUCCCCAGGAAGAAGCUGAGAAGUGCGGUAACCAAUAUCGCAGCAUCACUGGGAGAUGCAACAACGAGAGGAGACCCUGGCUGGGGGUCUCCAACCAGCCCCUGGCGUGCUGGCUGCCAGCCGAGAACGAGGACAGGCUGUCUCUCCCCUUCGGCUGGACCCUGGCAAGACGUGCAACAGCUUGCCCCUCCCCAUUAGUCCAAGCUGUCUCCAACCAUAUCAUGCACUUCUGCAGCGAGAGGCGGACCUCCGACCACGGCUGGUCCCUUAAGUUCAUGCAGUGUGGCCAGUUCAUUGACUGUGACUUGGACUUUGCCCCUUAGUCCCCAACCAGAGUAGCCUUCCCUGAGGGUGUCGACUGUGAGAGCACCUGUGCCCAGCUGCCCUCCUGCUUCCCCACCAAGACCCCGCCCAAUGACCCAUGCAUCACCAGUCAACAAGACUGCAUCUCCUUCUUCCACUUGGCAAAAGCAAAAAACAAAGUCUGCAACCAGAUCAAUGGGCUCACCUCCUUCGUGGACGCCAGCACGUUGUAUGGCAAUGAGGUCGCCCUCGUCAUGUAGCUCCGCAACCAGACCAACUUCCUGGGGCUUCUCACACUCAGCACCCGCUUCCAGGACAAUUGCUGGGCUCUGCUGCCCAUUGACAACCUGCACAAUAUUGGACCCUGCCUCUUCGCUAACCACUCGGCACGCAUCCCUUGCUUCCUGGCAUGUGAUACCCGGUCAACUGAAACCCCAAAACUGGCAGUCAUGCACACUCGGCUGGUGACUGAGCUGAGAUGUCUGAAUCCCCGGUGGACCGGAGACAAGCUGUACAAGGAGGCUCAGAAGAUCAUGGGGGCCAUGGUCCAGAUCUUCACCUACCAGGACUUUCUGCCCCUGUUUCUGGGAGAGAACAGGUCCAGGAAAGCCCUGGGGCCCUCCCGGGGGUACCAUGCCAGUGUCUUCACCCUGGCCUUCCACUGCAGCCACACCACGCUCCAGCCCUUCAUGUUCCACCUGGACAGCCAGUACCAGGCCUCAGCACCAAACUCCCGAGUCCCACUCAGCUCUGCCUUCUUUGCCAGCUGGCAGAUCGUGUAUGCCAGUGGCAUUGACCCCAUCCCCCGAGGCCUCAUGGCCACCACCCCCGCCAAGCUGAACCCUCAAGAUUCCAGGUGUGAUGAGCUCCAGGACCAGCUGUUUCACCAAGUGAAAAGGACCAGGCUGGACCUGGCUGCUCAAUAUGCUGUCAGCCGGUACCACAGCCUUCCAGGGUACAAUGCUUGGAGGUGCUUCUGCAGGCCCUUUCAGCCUCAGAAUCUGGCACAGCUUAGUCGGGUUCUGAACAACGAGGGUCUGGCAAGGAAGUUCCUGGAUCUGCACAGGACACUGGACAACUGCCGUCUAAUCGGGGCCAUCACAGAGCCUCUUUUGCCAGGGGCCCGAGUGGGGCCUCUUCUGGCUUGUUUUUUUGAGAACCAGUUCCGAAGAGCCCACGAUGGAGACAGGUUCUGGGGGCAGAAUAAAGGUGUUUUCACUGAGAGACAGUGCGAGGCCCUGAGCCACAUCUCCUUGUCUCGAACUGUGUGUGACAACCCUGGUAUCACCACCGAUCCAAGGGACAUCUUCAGGGCCAGUCUGCCCCGGGGCUUUGUGCCCUGCUACUACAUCCCCGGCCUGAACACAUCUGCCUGCAGAGGCAGAUGA